AUGGCCACUCCCAGGCGGUUUCCGACGCUCGUGCAGCUGGAGCGGCGAGAAGGGACGCUGUUCGAGGUGCUCGGUAACCUCACCAAGCAGCCCUACUGGUUCCACUUCGAGUACCUGAAGAGUCCAAAAGCAGUUCACCUGGAGGCAUGGCUGGUGGAAGCGAUCUUCGGCCCGGGAGGAGAGCACAUCCCGCACGUCGAGUGGGUGUCGCAGACCCUGCUUCACGUUAAUCAGUGGGACCCGGAGGGCGAGGCUGAGAUCCUGAUAUUCGGUCGGCCUGAUCACCAGAAGGAUGUAUCCAAGAUGAUCAUGAACUUGGCUGACUAUCACCGCCACCUCCGGGCACCAAGCUCAAAGAAGGCCGUUGUCCAGGAGGCCGGGAACCUGCGGCCCCCUGACGCCGUCCGCGACGCGGCGACCCAGCCCUCCCCGGGGGCCGUCCGCGAGGCGGCGACCCAGCCCUCCCCGGGGGCCGUCCGCGAGGCGGCGACCCAGCCCUCCCCGGGGGCCGUCCGGGAGGCGGCGACCCAGCGCUCCCCGGGGGCCGUCCGGGAGGCGGCCACGCAGCCAUCCCCGGGGGCCGUCCGGGAGGCGGCGACCCAGUACUCGCCUGGCGCCACCCAGGGCCGGGUUACCAGCUUAUGA